UUCCAGUGCAAAAAUAAGUAGCCAAUAGCUUCCGGUUUGUCAUUCUGACCCCGAAGCGAGGGGGAACUGUGUCUGUUGUACUUAUAAGGAGAAACCUUUGAAAUCGUUUCUCAAACGAGUCCUCCCAUCUCCAUGUGCAUCCCUAAUGGGCGGCUGGUCUCGUAGUGCGGUGCUGGAGCUGUACCGAGCACUGCUCCGUGCAGGGUGCCACCUUCAGUACACAGACCGCAACUACUACCGGCGCGCCGUGGCCGGCGAGUUCCGCCGCUGCCAGGCUCUGACCGUGCCGAGUGACAAGGAGGCCGCACUGAAGAGGGGCCAGUUCUUCCUCAGCAGUAGACUGGGGGGGCUGAUGUAGGUGAGGCUCAACCAUCCAACACCACCUUUAGCAAGGCGUGCUUGUGGCAGACCACUAACAGACAGAAUGGCGGGAGUGAACGGUGACCGUAAAGGAAAGAAGGAUGACAACGGCAUGGGCACGGCCGUUGACUUUUUGCUCUCUAAUGCCAAGCUUGUGCUUGGGGUCGGAGGAGCUGCCAUGCUUGGCAUUGCAACACUAGCAGUCAAAAGAAUGUAUGACCGUGCCAUAAGUGCUCCGACCAGCCCUACUAAGAUGGAACCAUCAGGGAAAAGGAGUUGGGAAGAACCAAGCUGGAUGGGCUCGUCACCACGGGUACUUAACCACGACAUGAGGUCAACAGUGAGCAGGUCACUGCAGACUCUACCCACCUCCUCCAACUCCUUUGAACCAGACUGCAUGCGGAGGGCGGCGGGGCGGGGACGUAGCGCUGCAGGGGAGACCGACCUCUUCCGGGCCAGGAUGCGCCUCUCCUUACAGGAGAAACUGUGGGAGUUCUACCAGGAGCGUGUGGCCAUCCCCGCUGAGGAGCAGGCCACAGCCCGCCGGGCUGCCCUGGACAUCUGCGCAGAGCUGAGGAUCUUCCUGCACGCCAAGCUGCCCGACAUGCCUCUCCGAGAGAUGUACCUCAGCGGCAGCCUCUAUGACGACCUGCAGGUGGUGACAGCGGAUCACGCUCAGCUCAUGGUCCCUCUGACCCUGGAGAAGAACCUGUGGUCGUCAGUCCCUGGGGAGGACACCAUCAUGAACGUUCCGGGCUUCUGGCUGAUUCGCAGGGAGAACCUGGAAUACUUCCCCCGAGGCAGCAGCUACUGGGACCGCUGCAUGGUAGGUGGCUACCUCUCCCCCAAGUCUGUCCUGGAGGUGUUCGAGAAGCUGGUGGCGGGCUCCAUCAACUGGCCGGCCAUCGGCAGCGUUCUGGACUACGUGAUCCGGCCGGUGGUUCCCUCGGAGACGCUCACCCUGGAGGUCCAGUAUGAGACAGACCGCCUUCUUUUCGUGGACUUCCUGCCUCUGCUGGUGAUGGACGACGGCGCCUCGCUCAUCGCCAAGCCACACAGGCUGGCUGCGGAGCGCCAUGAAAACCUGUGGCGGCAGAGCUUCCGUGUGGCGGAGACUGCGCGCCUGCGGGCUCUGGACCAAGAGGACGGGGGCUGCCGCUGUGCCUGCCUCAAGGUGACUAAAGCCGUGUGCAAGCUAAACCCGGCCCUGGCGCGCCUGUCGGCCAGUCAGCUGACCAACGCCAUACUGCUUUUGAGCGAGAAGGAGGGCGACUGGACCCAGGAGGCGCUGGCUGACCGCUUCCUGCAGUUGCUCCGCUCUCUAGUGGGACACCUAGAGGCUGGGAGGCUCCCCUGCGCCCUGGUCCCCAAAGUCAACCUGUUCUGUGAGCUGACGCCAGUGGAGGUGGAUGAGCUAGGAUACACCCUCUACUGUUCCCUCUCUGACCCAGAGGCACUCCUAAGGACUCCUCAGUCUGACUAAGUCUGGUCACGGGUUCGAGGGUUUAGGACAGAUGGUAUAUAAUUCUAAGAUUCCAUACUGCAGAAGAGGAUAUGUAAUUCAUAUGCGCUUCAGAUAUGGACCAUGUCCCCUGUGACCAUGUCGCUGUGUGAUUGAUUCAACAUCACGUCUCUGGAGUCCCGGUUUCAUCGAUCAAUAUGUUUCUCUUGUACUUUUUAUUUGUGUAAUUGUGUUUGAUAAAGUAGAAAUGCAAAAUCAACCACUUUAGUAUGUGGGUUUAACAAUGAAUACAGGAUCAUCCAAAUACCAGUUAAACCUCAGAUGAUGAAACCAGUCUCUUCAUAUGGUCCCUAUGCUGCACGUAAGCCGUUUAUAAGUAGUACUGUUCAGAGGGGUAUACUUUAAAGCACGAUCAAGGAGUUGGCCAACUAACUUGCCUAGCUAUCCUGAAAUAACUUCAAAUGGGCUUAGUCUAAUUGACUUAACCAAAAACACAAGUUUAGCUUAAUGAACCCCCAAAAAGAAGUUAUUUCUGUUUAUCAAAGUUGAACCUGUUUUGUAGUAUACCCCUUGGGUUAGGACUCUGUUUGUUGAAUUGGGGAUUGCUUCAUUGGCUAAUAUUAUGUUACCAUAAUAUUAUGUAGCCAAUUUGGAUUGAAUCGUGUCAAGGGGGGAAAAAUAUAUAUAUAUAUAUUCAUUAUAAUUUGUGGGAAUGGAAAUUGGGGUUUAUUUGAAAGCUAUUUUGGUGUCUCCAUCCUCAGAUUGCAGGUCUUUCAAACAUAUUAUGAUGGGUAACAUUAGUUAAAUGCUAGUUAAUAUCAUGUCUGAAAGAGAUCUCUCAGAACAAGCCUCCAUAAUCGGCUCAAGCAUUGUUCUCGACAUUUCUAGCUUGCUAUUAAGCUGAGACUUGGAGGUAGGGUGCUUCUUACACUCUGCCAUGAGAUGCCAGUUCAGAUGGAUGGAUAGUUUGGUGACAGCGUCAAUACUGUCACCCCUAACAAGGUAAAUGGUCUUAAGCACUGUUGUGGUCCACUAGGAAAUAAGACCAGUGAGUGGAACAUGACAGGGGGUUGUUCUUCUACUGCAGGGUACUUAUAGUACUGUAGCCUGGUAUCGUACAGUUUGUGCUGUAGCCAACUCUUCUCUGUGUCAUGUUUGGCAUGGCAAGGUUAGAAGAGUUGCCUACAGUGCAUACAGUAUGGGACCAGGCUACACUUAGCCUACUCUACCGCUCUAACUGUGUAAAUGGAUAGAAUGUAAUGUUUACCAUGUGAGCCGCCGCGAAAGCAAAUAAAUUAUUGUGGUAAGACUGAAAUCUUGACAUUCUUGAGUUUAAAAAAAAAAACUAUUUAUUUUUCUAGAUUUCUUGAAGUGAGUUUUUGAAUUUGGUUCAAGUUAUAGUUCUGAAAUUGUAGCAAACUUUGCAAGGGUGGAGGCUGCUGAGGGGAGGACGCCUCAUAAUAAUGGCCGGAAUGGAGUGGUGUCAAACACAUUCAUGUGUUUGAAUCCAUUAACUGCAUUCCAGCCAAUAUACCACAUUCCAGAUGUUAUUAUGAGGCAUCCUCCAAUCAGCAGCCUCCAGUGGUGGAAACGCCCACUAUAAAGCCUAAUGUAUAAAUCACAUAGAAACCUAUCUUCAUGGUAUUUAAGUUGCGGAUGAUUUGUGUGUUUUCUAGGACUCCUCCCACAAAGUUGUUGAAUGAAAGAACGUUGAGAAAUAAGAAUAUACACUUUUAUGUUAGGAAUGUGUGCCGUUUGCAUGAAUAAGAAUACCAAUGUAGAAAGUUAAUCAUACGUUGGGUUAUUGUUACACACCUUGUCUGUACUGUCUGUUUAUGACGUCAAAUAUGUCUUGUGACGUUAAGAUAAAGUACUUGACCUAUAUGUUCAUUAAUAGGUCUUUGUUGGUUAAAACUGGUUGUUGCAUAGCUUUGCAUAAAACAAAUCUGGCAUGACUUCCUCCCACUCAUAACA